GCGCUCCCGGUCCUCCUCCUCUCUCUCUCUCUCUCUCUCCUCCUCUCUCUCUCUCUCUCUCUCUCUCCUCGGUUCUUUUACGCCGCUGCUCCACCGCGCAGAUCCCGCACACCGACACCUCCCAUCGGGUCAGUUUCUACUUGGAGUUUUGCUUGCCGCGGAGCAGGCGGAGGAGGAAGAAGAAGUGGUUCCUUUCGCCGCAUUCCAGUCCGGAGCGCAGCGCACCAGGAGCCGGACGCGGACGCAGACGCGGACGCGGAGCCGGUGCGUCCCCGACAGGCUCCGCUCGCUCCUCCGCUUCUCCCCUCUCACUGUUUGGACGAUCCGCUGCUGUUUUCUAUAAUGCCCAGUGACAAGUGCUUUUAUUUGAGAUAGAGAGAUAAACCCAAACCCCCUUCCUCCUCCUUUUCCUCCUCUUCUUUAGGAUUUGGAUUUAAAGCCUUUUUUUUUUUUUUUGAACAUGUGUGGACGCUGGAUUUUUCUUGGGAUCUUGGCCGGAAUCCUCAGCCUCCCCCUCGGGAUACAUGGAGUUUGUAUCUACGAGGGAUCGCUGCAUGCGAACAACACAUCAUGGAGACCGCAGACGUGUCAGGAGUGUACAUGUUACAGCGACGUGGCCAUCUGUAGGACCGCCCACUGCCCCAACCCACAGUGUGACUUUCAGAGGGGGGAACAUCUGAGGAUUCCUGCCAACAAGUGCUGUCCAGAGUGUGUUUCGUCUCAGGGCUCCUGCACCUACGAAGGAGUCGUUUACGGACAUGACAGCCAGUGGAGUCCUUCACCCUGUUCAUUGUGUAUUUGCUCCGGAGGGGGUGUGUCCUGCACCGCCAUGCCCUGCCCCCCCCUCAGCUGCCCCCCGGACCACAGCUUGUUCACGCCGGACGGGGAGUGUUGCCCCAAAUGUGGCCGCAAUGGAGAAUCGUGCUCGUGGCAGGAGAGUGUGUACAGAGACGGUGAGCAGUGGAAGCCCAGCCUCUGCUCCAGAUGUUUGUGCAGGAACGGAGACGUCCAGUGUUCAGUGGCCGAGUGUCAGCAAGUGGCCUGCAAACCUCAUGAGAACUUGGUGAUCCAGCCGGGCCAGUGCUGUCCUCAGUGUGUGUCCAACCCCUGUCUGUCCGCUGGGAAACAGUACCAGCACGGCGAACAGUGGCAGAAGAACGCCUGCACCACAUGUGUGUGUGACCGCGGUCAGUCCAAAUGCCAGACCAGCACCUGUCGGCCGCUCACCUGUGAGAAGGGUCAAACCAAAGUGAAGCGCGCCGGUCAGUGUUGUGACGAAUGCGCCGCCGCCAAAGGGAGCUGCCUUUAUGAGGGGGCGGUGCGUUACCAUGGAGACAUGUGGAACGGCACCGGCUGCGAGUUCUGUACCUGCGACAGGGGUCAGGUCCUGUGUCAGAGGGCUGAAUGUGGACGGGUGCAGUGCCCACAGGGAUCGGAGCUUGUUUACCUGCCGGGGAAGUGCUGCCCUGAGUGCUCCUCUGAGAAACCCUCCUGUGUGCACGAGGGGAAAUCCUACAAGGACUCUGCUCGAUGGACUGAUGCCGAAUACAGUUGCCGGGAGUGCGAAUGCCGCGAUGCCCAGGUGACUUGUUAUCUCCGGUCCUGCCCCACUUGCCCGCCAGGCACGCUGUCCGUCAACCACCAGGGCCAAUGCUGCCCCGAGUGUUGCCAAGUCCAGUGCCAUCCAGACUGUCUGUCCUGUUCGGGGUCUCCAGACUACUGUGAGACCUGCAGAGACCCCAAGGCCUUCGUCCAUCUGGGCCGCUGUCUAUCCGUCUGUCCAGUUGGAUAUUUCACAGAAGGACGAACAUGUCAAGCCUGCCGGUCCUCCUGUUCCUCCUGUUCCAGUCGAUGGGAUUGUGGGUCUUGUGGCGCUCAGCUGCCCCUGCUGAGCCCCGACGGCGCCCAGUGUUUGACCUCCUGCCCUCCUGGUUCUUACCAACACGACCACGCACACUGUCGCAGCUGUCAUGAGGCGUGCUCAGACUGUCGCGGUCCGAGUCUCCAGGACUGUGCAUCGUGUUCGGAUCCCGCUGCCUUGCUCAAGGACGGCCAGUGUGUGUCUGACUGCGGGGCUGGAUUCUACAGUCAAGAAGGCGUCUGUUAUGCCUGCGAUUCGUCCUGCGCCUCCUGUUUCCCUGACAACCCCAAGUGCAUGAGCUGCCCGCCGGGGACCGCCUUGCAUCAUGGGAAAUGUAUUUCCCAGUGUCCGACCCGCCAUUACCUCGACAGCAACAACAGAUGCAGAGCCUGCCACAGCUCCUGCGCCUCCUGUUGGGGACCGUCGGUAUCCCAGUGUACUUUGUGUCCGGGCGGGCUCCUCCUCCACCAGGGCCAGUGUGUGGAGGCCUGUGGGGAGGGGCUGUACUCCCAGGACAACACCUGCCACAAUUGCCACCCGUCCUGUCGAUCCUGCGUGGGACCUUUAGCUUCGGAUUGUCUCCGAUGCCUCAAACCUGAGGAAGCUCUUCUGCCUCAGCCCGGUCACCUUCUGCAUGGAGUCUGCACGGCCGGAUGUCCUGCACACAGCUUCCUGGACCACAAGAACACAUGCACAGAGUGUCACCCCUCCUGCUGGCAGUGUACCAGGUCAUCUGCAGACAACUGUACAUCCUGUCCCUCCCCGUCCAACCUGCACGAGGGCCGAUGUGUCCCCGACUGCCCGCAAGGCUUCUUUAUCCAGGACAGCCAGUGCCAAGCAUGCCACCCGUCGUGCCAGUCCUGCUCCGGCCCCUCCCAGGCCGACUGCACCUUGUGCCCCCCGCCGGCCUCUCUGCAGAGCGGCUACUGCAGGACCAACUGCCAGGAUGGACACUUCCUGGACGCCACCGCUGGAGAGUGCCUCAAGUGCAGUCCAGACUGUCAGCGCUGCACGGCCGACCUCCAGACGGGCAUCGGCAGCGUCUGUCUGUGGUGUAAAGAGCCCAGGACUUGGCUUCUGGGCGACCACUGCGUCCCUGAUUGUCCUCAGGGUCAUUACGCCUGGCAUGGAGCCUGCAUGAGGUGCCAUUCGUCAUGCGAGGCGUGCAGCGGGGCGGGGCCUCUCGCCUGCACCUCCUGUCCCACCCACAGUGUUCUGUUGCCGUCGGGUCUCUGUGCCACCGAAUGCCCGCUGGGUUACUAUGACAACGGUCACAGGAUCUGCCACGCCUGCGACAGCCAGUGCCUGACGUGCGACAUGGCGGGGGUGUGCACGUCCUGCCGCGACCCGGCCAAGGUGCUGCUGUUCGGGGAGUGUCAGUACGACAGCUGCGCCCACCAGUACUACCUCAACACCACCACCCGGGCCUGCAGAGAGUGCGACUGGAGCUGUAACGCCUGUAAAGGGCCUCUGCGAACCGACUGCCUGCAGUGCAUGGACGGAUACGUUCUGCAGGACGGAGUGUGCACGCAGGGAUGUUCUCCAGGGUUCUACAAAGACGGAGACAGAUGCCUGGGUUGUGAUGAACACUGUGUGCAGUGUCUGGGUCCGGGUCAGUGCCAGCGAUGCCACGCCCCCUACGCCACGCUGCAGGGUCAGUGUGUACUGGAAUGUGGACGAAACCACUUCCUGGAAGAAGCCUCACAAGUCUGCAAACCGUGUUCGUCGGACUGUGUUCUCUGCGACGGCAUCGGCAGCUGCAGCGCGUGUCGAGACCAAACCUACCUCAUCGAAGGAUACUGCACCCCCGACUGUGGCCACGGUUACUACGCCGACCAGAAGAGCAGGAGCUGCCACGUGAACGUCCACCCCCCCGUCCUCCAGGUCAACGGGUCCCUGCUGGUCGCCCUCGGUGGCUCCGCCCCUCUGCAGCCCUCCCUUCUGCAGGUGAAGGACCUCGACGGCGGCGUUCCCCGACACCUGGUCUUCCAGCUGGUCCAGGGCCCGAGCAACGGUGGGCUGGUCCUGCUCAGAGGGGGCGAAGAGGAAACGGAAGCCCGAGAGUUGAACAGCGACGACACCUUCACCUGGACGGACGUCAGCGGCGGCCGGGUCCAGUUCAGGCAUCACAAGGACAAGCCCAGGACUGGAGAGUUCACCUUACGUGUUUCCGAUCCGCAGCUGUUUUCAGAAGCAGAAAAAGUUCAAGUUCAAGCUGUUUCCAUGCAGCCUCCCAGGGUCGUGACUCUCUCUCCGUUAUCCGUGGAGAGCCGCGGCGCCAUGGCAACCGUCACCAAGUCGGUCCUGCAGGUCGACGACCCCGACAAUCCGACGGAUGUCCUGGUCAUGGUCCUCGACCCGCCCCGCCACGGAAGGCUGACCCGUCUCCACGGUGACCGGGCGCUGAGCAGAUUCAAGCUGGAGGAGCUGUCACGGGAACAGAUCCAGUACAUCCACGACGGCUCGGAGGCGACGGGGGACGAGGCCGUUCUGCAGGUCAACGACGGACACAGCUACCAGAAUAUUCUGCUGCAAGUCCACGUCAACCAGAAGGCGGCCGACUCUCCUCAGGUCCUGUCGGUGCCGAUGACCUGGGUGAAGGAGGGAGGCAUGGUCCGACUGGAUAAGAAGUACCUGCAGGUGGACUAUAAGGGAGUCAGCACUGAUAACAUCGUCUACACCAUCCUCUCCUCUGGUGGACAGCCCAGAUACGGUGAGGUGGUGUUGGUGUCCAUGCCGGCCGACGCUCCUCCUGAAGGCUGGCGUCCGUCGCUAGUCGACGACAGAGGCUUCACCGCCACCACCUCCUUCACCCAGCAGGACGUAAACGACGGCGCCGUCUGGUACCGCCAUUUUGGAUCAGGGACCGACGGCGACUCCUUCCAGUUCCAGGUUUCUUCAGAUGCUGGUCCAGGAACACAGAGCGACGCCCAGACCUUCACCAUCGGAGUCCUGCCCCAGAUCCCCGGGUUCCCCCAGCUGGCGCCCGACUGUGAUCUGCAGGUCACGGCUCUGGAGGAUCGGGUGACGGAGAUAACGCCGGCAGCGCUGUCCUUUAUCGACACUGAGACUCCCAGCGAGAAGCUCAUCUACAACAUCACCAAACCCCUCCCCCCAGGACAAGGCGCUAUCGAGCAUCGUGACAGACCCCACGUCCACGUGAAACAUUUCACUCAAGACGACGUAGACAACGGAAAGAUCAUCUACAGACCUCCUCAGGCCCCGACACACCUCCAGGAGCUCUACCAGUACUCGUUCAUCGGCCUGCCGGAGUCGCUGAGCAUCUAUUUCACAGUGUCUGACAGCGAACACACCACCCCAGAGUUGGACUUUGCCGUCCUGCUGCUGUCCAACCACCAGCAGCCCCCGGUGUUCCAGGUUCUGGACCCGCUGCUGGAGGUCAGCCUGGGGGGUCAGGCCACCAUCGGCGGUCAGCAGUUGGCGGUGAGCGACGCCGACACGGCUCCGGACGAGCUGGAGUUUGAGCUGGUGGAGGCUCCGGUCCACGGAGAACUGGUGAAGACCGACGGCAUCUCCUACACCAGCAUGUCCAACGGCGACAUCUUCACCUUUAACGACGUCACCCGUAACGUCCUUCUGUACCGACACGCCGGCCUCUCCUCGCAGGACGACGCCAUCACCUUCUCUGUGAGCGACGGCAUCUCCAUGGCGACCACGGUGGUACAGGUGGCGGUGCUGGGCGCCGGCGGCGACGGGCCCCAGCGGGACCCGGCGGCCUCGUUGUCUCUGGAAGUGGGCGAGAAGAGCAGCACCGUGAUCAGACGCUCGCAUCUGGCUUACACGGACGACGCCUCCCCUGACGACCAGGUUCGGAUCCAGCUGGUGUCGGUUCCCAUGUACGGCAUCUUAACCAGGAGUCAGUCCCAGCAGGAGCACCAGGAGCUGAGGGAGUACUCCUCCUUCACCAUGGAGGACAUCAACAAGCACAGGAUCAGGUACAUCACCUCCAUAGAGACGGGCAGCCAGCCAAUCACAGACAUCUUCCACUUUGUCGUGUACGACGGAGACAACAAUCGCCUCGACAACCAGAUGUGCACCAUCACCGUCACCUCCACCCCCAGACAGCCGCCGGUGGUCACGGUCCGCAGCGGCAUCAAGGUCCAGGAGGGCGGUCGUGUGCAGCUGUCCACCAAUCACAUCAUAGUAUCGGAUCAGGACACGCCCAGGAAAGACCUGCUGGUUUGGCUCAUCAGUCCGCCCAAAUACGGCUUCAUCGAAAACACCAAGCCAGGAGGCUCGGUGGGCGGGUCCCGGGUGGUCACCCCCGACGCCCCCUUCUCCGUGGACGACCUGACGUCCGACCACAUCUUCUACGUCCAGGACGGUCAACGCAAAGCCCAGGCCCAGCAGGACGUGUUCAGCUUCUACAUCAGCGACGGACACAGUCAGACGGAGGCCUUCGACGUGGAAAUAGACAUCCAGCAGAGUAAAGAGGACAGAGAGCCGCUGGUGUCGGUCAGCAGCAUCCACGUGGAGGAAAACUCCGGAGUGGUCAUCACCAACUCGUCUCUGAGCGUCCACGACCAGGACACACCGGAGAACGAGAUCCUGUUCACCAUCAUCAGAAAACCAGCAUACGGCAAACUGCGCAGACGGCAGUUCUACUCGCAGCCGCUGGAGAACGGCCGGGUCCUGACGCAGGGUUCCACCUUCACCUACCAGGACGUCCUGGACCAGCUGCUGGUCUACACGCCCGAGAAGGUCAGCGGCGGAGUGGACGAAAUGGGCUUCACCAUCACCGACGGCAUCUACACCCACACCGGACGGCUGGAGUUCACCAUGGACGUGAGGAGGAGCGAAGGGCCUCGGAUGACCGUCAACAGAGGACUACAGCUGCCAGCAGGGUCUUCAUCUAAAAUAACGGAGCAGAACCUGAAGGGCACCGACGUGGACUCGGACAGUCUGAAGCUCCGGUACAUCCUGACCAAAGACCCUCCGACCGGCAAACUCCAGCUCAGCAACGACGGACGAGUGGACAAGGUGUCAGUCAAAGGUCCGGUCCAGAGCUUCACCCAGGAGGACGUCAACAAAGGUCUGUUACAGUUCAGCCAUGAGAAGGGGGAGAAGGGAGGCAGCCUGUCCUUCAAGUUCAACCUGGUUGAUCCGGAGGGCAACAAGCUGAUCGACCAGUCCUUCUUCAUCAGCGUGCUGGAGGACCGUCUUCCUCCGUCCGUGGUGGUGAACAAAGGCUUGGUCCUGGAUGAAAACACUAUGAAGAAGCUGACCACGCUGCAGCUGUCUGCCAGCGACCAGGAUAGCGAACCAGGAGAACUCAUCUACACCAUCACCAAACAGACCGGCCUGGGACACCUGGAGCACGCCACCAACCCAGGAACCAGGAUCAGCUCGUUCACCCAGGCCGACCUGGCGUCCCGGAGCAUCCAGUACGUCCACACCAGCGAAGAAGAAAAGCACGCCGACCAGUUCUCCUUCACAGUGUCUGACGGGAACAAUGAGGUGGCCCAGACGUUCUACAUCACCAUUAAACCGGUGGACGACUCGCUGCCGCUGCUCCAGGUCCCGGGGAUGAGGGUCCAGGAGGGCGUGAGGAAGACCAUCACCGAGUUCGAGCUGAAGGCCACGGACGCAGACACAGAGGCGGAGUCCAUCGUCUUCACCGUGGUCCAGGCUCCUCGUCAUGGCACCAUCGAACGCACCAACAACGGCCAACACUACCGUCAGACCAGCACCUUCACCAUGGACGACGUCUACCAGAACCGCAUCAGCUACAACCACGACGGCUCCAACUCGCUCAAGGACCGCUUCACCUUCACCGUGGCCGACGGCACCAACCUGCUGUUUAUGGUGGAGGACGGCGGCAAGGAGAUCGUGACGGCUGCUCCUCAGAAGUUUAAGAUCGAUAUUCUGCCGGUUGAUGACGGAACGCCUCGAAUCGUCACUAAUCUGGGGCUGCAGUGGCUGGAAUACAUGGACGACAAGGCGACAAAUCUGAUCAGUAAGAAGGAGCUGCUGACCAUGGACCCAGACACUGAUGAUGGACAGCUGGUCUACGACGUCACCACGGAACCAAAGCACGGCUUCCUGGAGAGCAAACUCAAACCUGGAAACCCCAUCACCACCUUCACACAAGCUGAUAUAAACCUGGGUCUGAUCCGCUACGUUCUGCAUCAGGAGAACAUCCAGGAAACCAUGGACACCUUCAAGUUCCUGGUCAAAGACAGUAAACCCAACGUGGUCAGUGAUAACGUCUUCCACAUCCAGUGGUCGCUCAUCAGCUUUGAGCACAAGAGCUACAAUGUGAGUGAGAAGGCCGGUACAGUGGCGGUGACGGUGAAGCGAACGGGGAACCUGAACCAGUACGCCAUCGUCCUGUGUAGAACCGAACAGGGCUCGGCCACGUCCAGCAGCAGCGUGGGCUCCAGACCAGGACAGCAGGACUACGUGGAGUACGCCGGACAGGUGCAGUUCGACGAGCGCGAGGACACCAAAGUGUGCACCAUCAUCAUCAACGACGACAAGGUGUUCGAAGGCGUGGAGAGCUUUAACGUAGAACUGAGCAUGCCCGUGUACGCGCUGCUGGGAGCCAACACGCACGCCGUCGUCAACGUCAACGACACCGAGGAUGAACCCACGCUGCAGUUCGACAAGAAGAUGUACCACGUCAACGAGAGCACCGGCUUCAUCCACGCCCCCGUGGAGCGGAAAGGUGACUCCUCCAGUACGGUGUCUGCCCUCUGUUACACCGUCUCUAAGUCGGCUCAGGGCAGUAGCCUCCACGCUCUGGAGUCCGGCUCUGACUAUAAGAGUCGUGGUAUGAGCAGCGAUAACCGGCUGGUGUUCGGCCCCGGCGUCUCCAUGUCCACCUGCGACGUCAAGCUCAUCGACGACAGCGAGUACGAGCUGUCCGAGGAGUUCGAGCUGGUGCUGUCGGACGCCUCAGACAACGCCCGCGUGGGAGACGUCAAGGUGGCCAAAGUGGUCAUCGACGGCCCCAACGACGCCUCCACCGUUUCCCUGGGCAACGCCACCUUCACGUUCACUGAAGACGCCGGUACGAUAGAAAUACCGGUGCUGCGUCACGGUAGCGAUCUGUCCUCGCUGACCUCGGUGUGGUGCGCGACCCGUCCGUCGGACCCCCCCUCGGCCAGCCCGGGGGUCGACUACAUCCCCAGCUCCAAGAAGGUGGAGUUUAAGCCCGGGAGAACCGAGGAGACAUGCAGUCUCACCAUCAUGGACGACAUCCAGAAUCCGUCCAUAGAAGGACCCGAGUCGUUCGUGGUUUUCCUCAGUUCUCCUCAGGGCGCCGUCCUCCAGGAACCGUAUGAAGCCAACGUGGUCAUCACCGACACCUUCCAGGACAUUCCCAGCAUGCAGUUUGAGAAGACGGUCUACACAGUGAAGGAAAAAGAAGGCGUCCUCCACAUCCCCGUCAUCCGCACGGGCGACCUGUCCUUCAGGUCAUCUGUGCGUUGUUUCACCCGGACCAUGUCAGCCAUGGUGAUGGACGACUUCGAGGAGAGGAGGAACGCCGACGAGUCACGCAUCACCUUCUUAAAAGGAGAAAAGGUGAAAAACUGCACAGUUCACGUUCACGACGACUCCGUGUUCGAGCCUGAGGAGGAGUUCCAGGUGCAUCUUGGGACGCCGCUGGGCGACCACUGGAGCGGUGCCAUGGUGGGGGCCAGCGACAUCGUCACCAUCACCAUCACCAAUGAUGAAGAUGCUCCCACCAUCGAGUUCGUGCAGGCGUCGUACCAGGUCAGAGAACCUCCGGGUCCCGACGGCAUCGAAGUCCUGAACGUUAAGGUGAUCCGCCGCGGAGAUCUGGACCGGACCUCUAAGAUCCGCUGCAGCACCCGAGACGGAUCGGCCCAGUCCGGAGUCGACUACAACCCCAAAAGCAGAGUCCUGAAAUUUACCCCCGGGAUGGACCACAUCCUGUUCAAGGUGGAGAUUCUGUCCAACGAGGACAGGGAGUGGCACGAGUCCUUCUCAUUGGUCCUCGGCCCCGAUGACCCCGUGGAGGCGGUGUUAGGAGAGAUCACCAUGGCAACGGUGACCAUUCUGGACCAGGAGGCAGCGGGCAGCCUCAUUCUGCCUGCACCACCGAUUGUGGUCUCUCUCGCCGACUACGACCACGUCCAGGAAGUGACCAAGGAGGGCAGUAAGAAGACGCCGUCUCCGGGUUACCCCCUGGUCUGCGUCACCCCCUGUGACCCCCACUACCCCAAAUACCCCCUGAUGAAGGAGCGCUGCGAGGAGGCGGGCAUCAACCAGACCCAGGUCCACUUCUCCUGGGAGGUGGCGGCGCCCACCGACACCAGCGGGGCCCGUUCGCCGUUCGAGACGGUGACGGACACGACGCCGUACACCAGCGUCAACCACAUGGUCUUGGACAGCAUCUACUUCAGCCGUCGGUUCCACAUCCGGUGCGUGGCCCAGGCCCGGGACAAGGCGGGUCACCUGGGGACGCCGCUGAGGAGCAACAUCGCCACCAUCGGCACCGAAGGCUCCAUCUGUCACACGCCUGUUACCACGGGAACCGCCAGGGGCUUCCAGGCUCAGUCCUUCAUCGCCACGCUCAAAUACCUGGACGUCAAACACAAGGAGCAUCCGAACCGGAUCCACAUCUCGGUGCAGAUCCCCCAUCAGGACGGUAUGCUGCCCCUGGUGUCCACCAUGCCCCUGCACAACCUGCACUUCCUGCUGUCGGAGUCCAUCUACAGGCAGCAGCACGUCUGCUCCAACCUGGUCACCCUCAAAGACCUGCAGGGCAUCUCAGAGUCAGGUUUCCUUGACGACGUGUCCUACGACAGCAUCUCUCUGGGACCCGGGUACGACCGGCCGUACCAGUUCAACCCCAACGUCCGCGAACCCAAAAGCCUCCAGCUCUACAAACACCUGAACCUGAAGAGCUGCAUCUGGACCUUCGACGCCUACUAUGACAUGACCGAGCUCAUCGACGUCUGCGGAGGAUCCGUCACUGCUGAUUUCCAGGUCCGGGACUCGGCCCAGUCCUUCCUGACGGUGCAGGUUCCUCUCUACGUGUCCUACAUCUACGUGACGGCGCCGAGGGGCUGGGCGUCUCUGGAGCACCACACUGAGAUGGAGUUCUCCUUCUUCUACGACACCGUGCUCUGGAGGACAGGGAUCCAGACGGACAGCGUCCUCUCAGCCCGACUGCAGAUCAUCAGGAUCUACAUCAGAGAAGACGGACGGCUGGUGAUCGAGUUCAAGACCCACGCCAAGUUCAGAGGUCAGUUCGUCCUGGACCAUCACACUCUGCCGGGUCAUAAGUCCCGCCUCAUGGCCCCGGACCACCUGGGGGGGAUCGAGUUCGACAUGCAGCUGCUGUGGAGCGCCCAGACCUUCGACUCGCCGUACCAGCUGUGGAGGGCCACCAGCUCCUACAGCAGGAAGGACUACUCUGGGGAGUACACGGUCUUCCUGAUCCCGUGCACCGUCCAGCCCACUCAGCCGUGGAUCGACCCCGGAGACAAACCCCUGUCCUGCACCGCCCACGCCCCCGAGAAGUUCCUGGUCCCCAUCGCCUUCCAGCAGACCAACCGACCCGUCCCCGUGGUUUACUCCCUCAACACCGAGUUCCAGCUGUGCAACAACGACAAGGUGUUCAUGAUGGACCCGGGUACCGCCGACGUGUCCAUGGCCGAGAUGGACUACAAGGGCGCCUUCUCCAUGGGUCAGACGCUGUACGGCAGAGUGCUGUGGAAUCCGGAGCAGAACCUGAACGCGGCGUACCGUCUGCAGCUGGAGAAGGUUUACCUGUGCACCGGCAGAGACGGAUACGUGCCGUUCUUCGACCCCACGGGGACGCUGUACAACGAGGGGCCUCAGUACGGCUGCAUCCAGCCCAACAAGCACCUGAAACACCGCUUCCUGCUGCUGGAUCGUAAACAGCCGGAGGUCUGCGAUAAAUACUUCCAUGAUGUUCCCUUCGAGGCCCACUUCGCCUCAGAAAUCGCCGAGCUGCAGCCGAUGACGGCCAUGCCGGGCGUCGACGGAUUCACCAUGAAGGUCGACGCUCUUUACAAGGUGGAGGCGGGCCAUCAGUGGUACCUGCAGGUCAUUUACGUGAUCAGCCCCGAGUCGCGGUCCAGCCCUCGGAUCCAGCGCUCGGCCACCUACGAGCUGCGGCAGCGGCGCCCCAGACGCGACCUGGUGGACCGCAGCGGGAAGCUGACGCUGGACGAGUCGCUCAUCUACGACAACGAGGGCGACCAGGUGAAGAACGGCACCAACAUGAAGUCUCUGCGUCUGGAGGCGGCGCCGUCGGCCACCUACAACGCCCACGUGGGCAGCUCGGUGGGCGGGGGCGUGGCCGCCGUCACCCUCCUGGUCCUGGUCCUGCUGGCCUCCUGCUUCGUGUUCCGCCGCUGUCGCAAAUCGGCCAAGAAGAAGACGACGACGAAGAGCAAGACGGCGUCCAAGGCGUACGAGGAGUAUCCGCUCAACACCAAGGUGGAGGUGUGCAUGGACAAAUGCGUGGAGAAGAACUUCAGCACCAAACACUGCACGGUGAGGAACGUCAACAUCCUGAACCGCAACCAGGACGCCAAGGCCAAGGCCAAGGUCAAGCAGGUCAACCUGGAGGUCAAACUGCACAACAACCUCAACGACGGCACCGAGGUCUAAACAC